AUGUCGAGAACUCUGCGACAAUACCAUCGUGAUUUUGCCAUCCCGGGUUCCAAACGGUCACGCAUGGCUUCUGGCAGCAUUGGCGACGUGCCUGCCGCGACUUUUGCUGAGUACGUAGACGAUCCUUUCUUCGACCACGGUGACGAGGCGGGUGCAUCGCAAUCGCAGACAUCGCGGGAAAAGGAGGAUGACUUCAUGGAGAAUGCGCCGCCUGCCGAUGCACCGCAAUUGGCGCUGGCGCAAAGACCCGAAGCGCCGUCGCGAUGCAUCGCGGUGCGCCCGGCUCUCACCCACCGUCUCUACUCUCAUCGCCUCCAUGUGCGGGCCAAAGCUAAGCUACAACGCGAUAGACUUCUCUCCGGCCCUAUGAUCGACGUCUACGUAGGCGAGUCCAAGCGCCACUGGUCGCUGCAUCGCAAUCUGCUAUGCCACCACUCCGAAACCCUCGAGAACGAGCUGCUAGGCGAUGCCGACGGCCACACUAGGAAAGAUCGCCUCGAUCUUCCCGAUUACAACCCUGCCGGCUUCGAGCUGCUGGUGAAGUGGCUAUACCAGGGCAGCCUCGACGAUGUCUCUGACAUGGCCGACGCCAACCAGAAGUAUGAGUAUGCUGUGAGCUGUCACAGACUCUAUCUGCUGUGCGAUCGCUUUGACAUGCUUCAACUGAAGAACGUCGCGAUGGAUCAGUACAGAAAAGGCCUAAAUGAGGCCGAGCUAGUACCUGACGCUGACGAGAUUGAUGACAUCUAUCGCAAGAGUCCGACAGGGUCGCCCUUCCGCACGCUCAUGACGCGCAUCGCGGCCCGCCAGAUCAUGGAUCCUGGUAGUGAGCGCGACGUCGAAACCUAUCGCGAGUGCUUCGAAAACAAUCCCGACUUCGCCAUCGAUCUGGUCAAAGCCAUCAGGUCAGGCACUGGCGGCAUGCUGUUCGACGAUCCAACAGAUGAGGGUCAUGAGUGCGACUACCAUGACCACGAAGCUGGCCCGAACUGCCACACAAAGGGCAAGGGCAAAGGGAAGCAAGCAAAGAAGAAAGCCGGCCUGUCAUCCGCCAAAUCAGUCCCCUACAUAAGCUCCGACCAGCACAACCGCCCUCCCCGCCCUCCUCCCCCGAAGACGCCUCGCCCGCCUCAUCCCCUGCAAGCUCGCCCACAAGAGGGAAGCGCCGGUCCUCUCCGCCGUCGCCUGACAAGUCCGGCGAGCUCGACGGUUGGCACAUCGACGGAGAUGGCAGUCGCCAGUCAAGCACCCAAUCUCGACGCGAUUCGCGAGAGGGAGAAGGACAGGGAAAAGCUGCGCAGAGUGACGCCGCCGGAGAGAAGACGCCUGGAGCGGGCUCAAAGCAGUGGAACGGAGAUACAGAGGUCACGCCCAGUCCUAGAAGAGCGCCGCCGAAGCUCAGACGACGCGUCUCACCCACACCAGAAUAGCCAGCUUGAAGAUCAAGCAUUGAGGGAGCUAGAGGGAGGACCGGUGCAGCCACCACAGCGAUCACCGACGCGUCGAGGCAUCUGGGAAUGGGCGAAACUAGGGACGGGCAGGCUGAAUGUCAUCGGACGCAUACCCCAUCCCGAAUGGAAGGGCCCGACUGUGUCGCACGAAGCUGUCGCGAAUGGCAAUUCGCGAAUCACUACCAUUCAUGAAACCCAUGACGAUUUCAGCAUCCCCUCCACAACGGCUACCGAGACGAACAAUCUGCAAGAAUACAACCAAGCAAUGGCAGCUAAGCUCGAAGGCUUUGGCUUCCCACACGCUCACAUUAUCACGUCGCCACACUUCUCGCAGACAAAACGCUCUUCCGAUGACCUUGUUGCUGCAUCAUCUACAGCGAGCACGCCAGCGAACCUGAAUCUUGUUCUAGAGGGUGGCACAAAUGGCAAGCGCGUUACACCGCAGGCCUCGAAAGACAGUCCGCCGUUGACGCCGGACACCCCGACACCGCAACAGCGCAGAAAAGACUCGACGAUCGAGACGGAGAGCACACCGACGAAGGUCACCUCCGACAGUGCGAAGGCAGAGAUCGCUGAUCCACCUCCGAAUGGCGUCAAGAAGACCUCUACUCCUACUCCUACUCCUGACCGCAUCCCCAAGUAUCGGAUUGCGCUUUCUUCGAAUUUCCUUUCGCCAGCUCGCAACAGUCCGAGUCCGGCAUCUUAA